GGCCGCGGGAGGGACGACGGAGCGGAGUGCCAAGUAUGCGUCGCGAGCGCAGGGCAGUCGGCAGGCGAGCGCGCGCGCAACCACACUGACCGAGAGGCGCGCCGCGGAGCGCCCGCGACACUUCUUUGUUUACGUUCUUUGUUGGCGUUGUGGCACGCAGCCCCAUCCCGACAUCGACAUGCCGCUCCCGCGCCCGGGCCCCGCCCGCCGCGCCACGCGUAAACACAAUCAGCUGUGCGCGGUAACACAAGACGCUCAUUCAUAGAAAGUGAGAGUGUUUACAUUUGUCAAUUGACUCAUAAAAAUGGACUGGUUAAAGAGGAGUUUAUCUAAUAAGAAGGAGGAGGUGGAGGACGGGACGGCGGCGGAGCGCCAGCGGUUGGAGGCCACCGAGCCGGCAUCGGAGUCCCCGGCCGCGCUGAACACUCCGGAGCUGGAGUCGGAGCAGGAGCGCCGCGAGCGCUGGCGCAGCGUCUACGUCAUCUACUUCACCAUGUUCCAGAUGUCGCUGGGCUUCAGUAUAGUGCUCACCGGUGUCUGGCCUUACCUCGACAAGCUAGAACCGGGCGCGUCGAAGGAGGUGCUGGGGCUGGCAGUGGGCGCGGCGCCGCUGGGGCAGCUGCUGGCGUCGCCGCUGCUGGGGCUGUGGGCCAACGCGCGCGGCGUGCGCGCGCCGCUCCGCGCCUCGCUGGCGCUGUUCGUGCUCAGCCAGGUGCUGUACGCGCAGCUGCACGCCGCGCGCCCGCGCGCCGCCGCCGCCAUGCUCGCGGCUCGUCUCCUCGUCGGCAUCAGCUCCGCGAGUAUCGCGGUGGCGCGCGCCUACCUGUCGGCGGCCACCACGGUGUCGGAGAGAACUCGCGCGGUUGCUGCCGUUUCUCUAGCACAGGUGCUAGGGUUUGUGGUGGGGCCGGCGCUGCAGGCGGCGGCGGCGCCGCUGGGCGCGGGCGCGCCGUACGCGCCGGCCGGCGAGCUCGACGUGCGCCCGCGCCUGGACAUGUACACAGCGCCCGCCUGGCUCAAUGCCGCGCUCGGAGCGUUCAAUCUAGCGCUGUUACUGCCGUGUAGCUUCAAGGAGAGGAAGAUAGCGGCGAGAGAAGCUAUGUUGGCUCAUGGGAAGGGAUCCGAGGCGGAGGCGCUGAAAGCGCUGCGGCCGGACCGCGUGAGCAGCUGGACGCUGGUGUUCGCGUUCUUCGUGCUCAACUUCAGCUUCGUGCUGCUGGAGACCCUGGCCACCCCGCUGACCAUGGACCAGUUCGCGUGGUCCAAGGAGCAGGCGCUCAAGUACAUGGGCGCGCUCAUGUCGGCCGGCGCGGUGCUGGCGUGCGCCACGUUCGCGCUUAUUACGCCGUUGACUAAGGUCUUCCAGGAGCGGGCGAUACUCCUGUGGGGCGGCUUCCUCCUGGUGGGGCUGGCGUCCGUGCUGUGCAUCCCGUGGGGCCCGGGCGCGCCGCCGCCGGCGCCCGCCAACAGCACGGAGGCGGGCGGCGGCUGCCCGGCGCCGCGCCAGCCCUGGUGCGCCACCUCGCGCGCGCUCACCGUGCCGCAGUUCCUGCUCGGCUACACGGCCGUGUCCGUCGGGUACCCGCUGGGCGUCACGCUCAUACAGACGAUAUUCUCCAAGGUGCUGGGGCCCCGGCCGCAGGGCGUGUGGCAGGGCGUGCUGACCGGCGCGGGCUGCGUGGCGCGCGCGCUGGGCCCCGCGUGCGUGGCGCUGCUGUACGCGCGCCACGGGCCCGACGCGGCCUUCGGCGCCACCGCCGGCCUCACGCUCGCCACGCUCGCGGCGCUCCGCGUGCUGUACGCCCGGCUGCAGCCGCCCCAACCACCGCCCGCGCUCGCGCUGCAGCCCCUCAACGGCAACAAGGACCCGGCCUCGUGACACCGGCGCGCGGCAAAACGCCGCUUUUAGAUGGGAUAACGGAGGAUCAAACGAACAAAACCAAGUAACUGGGACUGAGACUAUUACUAGUCCGGUAGCUAAUACUUCUCUCCGAGUCGGUAAGCUUAAGAUAAAACUAAAUUUUAAGAGUGUAUUAGUGUAUUAGGUGACCGCACGGGAACUGAUGAGCGUUAAGUGUGUGUCAAUGUCAAGUCUUCUAUAUACAAGAUGGCAGACCCUUCAAUAAGAGAGGAGAGGUGGCAGACUUUACAACGCGCACGGUCUAUCCAUAUUAGGUAUUCGGCAUUUGUCGACAAAGUACUCGUUGCUCAAAAAACGAAUAGGUAGUGGAAAAAGUGUUCAUAACAAAUAUUAACGUGCCAACUGAUGUUUUAUUUUUGUAUAGUAGGUAUAUUUACAACUAAUUAUAAAUAUGACUUCUUUUGUAAUGUGGUUAGGAGGGGGGAGAGGCAGUGUAUCUCGGUUCAUAUUUAAGGCAUAAUGUUUCUCGAGUGCGCAUUGCGGUAAUAGAGAAUUCAGCGCAUUACUGUACACAUUGAUAUAUUUUCGUUUGUCCAUUUGCUGAGUAUAUAGCAAAAAUAAAUUUCUAAAUACAUUAAUAUAAUAAUAUUAAUUACUCCCUGUACAUGUGCGUGCAAUGAAAAAACGGUAGAAUUUAGAAGAAUUGAUCACAUUUCUUGGACGAACUAUUGCCGCAGGGUGCUGUCGGUUCAGGUUCAGGAGGUACCUACUGUACCUAGUAUGUAUGGUAAGUGGGGCAUAUAAGGCCCACCGUCAUUUGAAAUGAAAUAUCUUUUUAAAUAAUCAGGAUAUUAUGUAAAACUCACUUAAAAUAGGAUUUUCGUUUAUUUAAGUUUCUUCAUAGACAUUUUUUACACAUAAAGUCCAAGCCCCACAGAGUAAGUGCAAUAAGGCUUGUGUUGUAAGAACUAGACGACGAUAUGUAUAAUAUAUGUGUAUGGUGUUAUAGUUAUAUGAGUAUUUACUCAUUAUAU